AUGGAUGCGUCGACGCUGAGUACGCUUAUUGACACAUCAAGCCAGGAGCUUGCGCAGCUGCACUCGCGGCUGGGAUGCCCUGCCGAAGAGCUUCACAGAGCAACAGCCGCGCUGAAAACCUGCAUUCACGACGCGAUUCAUGCGCAGGUGCGCCAAGUUCAAGCGCAGGUGAACGACGUGGAAGAGGCGUGUGCCGAGCUUGAGGGCGAGAAUGUGCGCCUGUGCCGUGCGACUGGCGAAACGCUGGCGCUGGAUGCAACCGAUGCUGUGCCAUUGCUGGCGCAGCGCGCAGCGUUGGAGGAAGAAAAAGCGCGCCUGGACCGCAUUUACAAGUCCCAGCUUGAGCAGUGCGAUUUGGUGGUUGAACAGAUUGAGACGCUGAAUGCGUGCAUGUCUGGAGCCGGUGGCGCUUCUCCUUCGCCGAGCAUGCUUCCCGGCGAAGGAGCACAGCUGCGCGACGCCAGUCCCGCAUUCCUGCGCACCCUCGAGGCGCACUGGCAAGAGGUGCAGCGUGUGUAUACAGACCGGAAAGUCGAGAUGGAGUCCCAGCUAUCCGAGAUCCUCCAGCUCUGGGCAGAGCUGUGCCUGAUGCCGAGCGUCACGGUGAAAGGCACGCGCCUGGAAUUGGACGAUGCAGCGUGCCGCGCCCAAAGCGAGUUCCACAUUGCUAUUUUGUACUAUACGCAACAGAUUCCGGUCAUCGACGCAGACGGGGCGUUUACCGGGGAGUAUGCUGCCAUGCCUCUAGACACUCCUCGCCGUGCACCGCUCGUCGACACAAGCGCGAUGCAAGACACGCCUACACGACUUUCCGAUGACCAGCAGUCUGCACCGCUUGUUGCAGAACACCACGAGCGCAAGGGCACGCUCCUUCAACCCACCGACGACGUGCUUGCACAGAGCACAGCGCUACGCGCAUCGCUCGAGCAAGAGAAGGUGCAGCGCGAAACGCGCAUCCAGACGUACUACGACGAGUUGUGUGAGCUUUGGAUGCGUUUUGAUGUGCCGGAAACGGAGAUGGACGCGUUUGUCUUGGACCACCGCGGCAGUACAUUGACCAUCGUGGCCGCGUACAAAGACGAGCUGGACAAGAUGCGCCAGCUCAAGUCGCAGCACAUGUCGCUCUUCAUCAGCAAGACCCGCGAGCAGAUUUGGGAACUGUGGGAUGCGCUGUUCAUGGCCGACGGCGAACGCAACGACAUGUUCCCCGCCUACUUUCUUGCACUGCCCGCUGCGGACGAGGAGCGCACCGCCACAGGAUUCGACUGGGAUCAUGUGCUUGCACAGCACGAGCAGAUGUGUGCUCGGCUCAACGAGAUGCUCGAGCAGCGCGCGCCACUGCUCCAAUUGAUCGGCAAAUACCGCGCGAUUUGCGACGAGGCGCGCGCGCUGGAAGAGAGUGCACAUGACACCACCCGUCUUUUGGGCCGUGGAAACCGGGGCGAUCCCGGGCGCCUCUUGCGCGAGGAAAAAAUGCGCAAGCGCGUCAAGAUCCAGAAACCCAAGAUCGAGCACGAAUUGCUGCGGGUCAUUCCAGACUGGGAAACAGAGCACAACAUGCCCUUCCUCAUGGACGGAACGCGUUUUGUAGACUACCUGCGCGACCAGCUCGGCGGCGCAAAAGAGAAUGCACGCGAGCUGCACGCAAAGCCUGCAACGCACGGCGAGCGACUCGGUGCAUCGCGUACGGCCAAUGUGCCUGCGACGCCGCACGUUGCAAAGCGCCCGCCGAGCGUGCGGCCCGCCGCUAAAGCGCCCGGCACAGGCGUGCGCCGGGCUGCGACGGCACAGGCGACUGCGCGGCCGCGCGUGGCGAGCAAUGCGCGCCAUACGCCGUACGGGGAUACACGAAGCGGCGCACAAACGCCUCAUGGUGCCAAUGCGCGCAUGCGCGACCAGCGCCUCGUUUCCCAGUGUACAUCUGGCGACGAGACCACGGUCGAUAUGGAACUGGACCGUACCUUUGAACACCGGACACCCAGUACCGCGCUCGAGUCUACUCUUGCGCGCGUAGCGACGCCUGCCGGCCCUUGGUAG